AUGAGAGCCAACCACCCCGGUCAGUGGGUGAAAGGGGCUGGGGUGCUGCUUGUUUCCCUCUUUACCUCUUCUUCCCUUUCUGCAGCUCCUGCUCAGGCCCAAAUCAUCCAUGCUGGGCAAGCAUGUGUAGUGAAGGAGGACAACAUCAGCGAACGUGUUUACACGAUUCGGGAGGGGGACACACUGGUCCUGCAGUGUCUGGUCACAGGACACCCCCGGCCACAGGUGAGGUGGACCAAAACCGCCGGCAGUGCCUCGGACAAAUUCCAAGAGACGUCGGUGCUUAACGAGACCCUUCGGAUUGAGAAGAUUCAAAGGCUGCAAGGGGGCCGCUAUUACUGUAAAGCAGAAAAUGGGGUUGGGGUCCCUGCCAUCAAGUCCAUUCGAGUAGAUGUGCAGUAUCUAGAUGAACCUGUUCUCACCGUUCACCAGACCAUCAGUGAUGUACGUGGCAGCUUCUAUCAGGAGAAGACUGUCUUCCUCCGCUGCACUGUCAACUCCAACCCACCAGCUCGCUUCAUCUGGAAACGGGGAGUUGAGACGCUUUCCCACAGUCAGGACAAUGGGGUGGAUAUCUAUGAACCUCUCUACACACAGGGUGAAACAAAAGUCCUGAAGCUGAAGAACCUGCGGCCCCAGGAUUACGCCAGCUACACUUGUCAGGUGUCCGUCCGUAACGUCUGCAGCAUCCCUGACAAAUCAAUCACCUUCCAGCUCACAAACACCACAGCCCCACCUGCUCUGAAGCUGUCUGUCAAUGAGACGCUAGUGGUCAACCCUGGUGACAACAUCACCAUACAGUGCUCUCUGAUAGGUGGCGACCCACAGCCAGAGGUGAUUUGGUCUCACUCGCCUGGCCCAAUGCCUCCCAACAGCCUUGUGCAAGGAGGCAACCUCAGCAUCUGGAGGAUCCACGUGGAGGACUCGGGCUACUACAACUGCACAGCCAUCAACAAUGUGGGGAACCCAGCAAAGAAGACAGUAAACCUUCUGGUGCGAUCCAUGAAGAACGCCACGUUCCAAAUCACCCCUGAUGUGAUCAAAGAGAGUGAGAGCAUCCAGUUAGGGCAAGACUUGAAGCUGUCGUGCCAUGUGGAUGCUGUUCCCCAGGAGAAGGUUAUCUACUCCUGGUAUAAGAACGGGAAACCAGCCAGAUUCUCAGACCGGUUGCUUAUCACCAGGAAUGACCCCGAGCUCCCACCUGUGACCUGCAGCCUGGAGAUUAUUGACCUGAGGUUCAGUGACUAUGGCACCUACCUGUGCGUGGCCACCUUCCAGGGAGCACCCAUUCCUGACCUCAGUGUGGAGGUGAACAUCUCCUCAGAGACAGUGCCACCAACCAUCAGUGUCCCCAAAGGUCAGUCCACCAUCACUGUCCGGGAGGGCUCCAGGGCUGAGCUGCAGUGCGACGUUCGGGGGAAGCCCAAGCCACCCAUUAUCUGGUCCCGGGUAGAUAAGGAAACCCCCAUGCCUUCAGGGACGAUGACGGUGGAGACAUAUGAUGGGAAGCUGCGCCUGGAGAGCGUGAACCGAGAAAUGAGCGGGACCUAUAAGUGUCAGACAGCCAGGUACAAUGGCUUUAACAUCAGACCCCGGGAAGCCUUGGUGCAGCUCAACGUGCAGUUCCCUCCCUUGGUGGAGCCGACGUUCCAAGACGUGCGUCAGGGCGUGGGGCGCAGCGUCACCCUGCGCUGCACCAUGCUCAAAGGGAGCCCCAUGAAGGUGGCCACCUCGGUCUGGCGCUUCAACGGGACCCUUCUGGCCCAGCCCCUGGCAGAGCAGCAGGACUUCUCUGAACUGAAGGUGGACAGCGUAAGCCGGGAGACCAGUGGUAGCUAUGAGUGCAGCAUUUCCAAUGACGUGGGAGUCUCCACCUGCCUCUUCCAAGUGUCUGCAAAAGCUUAUAGCCCAGAGUUUUACUAUGAUACUCCCAACCCCACCUUGAGCCAGAAGCAAUCAAAGAAUUACUCCUACGUCUUGCAGUGGACACAGAAGGAACCUGAUGCAGUAGAUCCUGUCCUCAAGUACCGCCUGGAAGUCAGGCAGCUGGCUCAGAGGAGCACCAUCCAAACCUUCAUUCCUGUGCAGAAAAUGGAGAAAGGCCUGUUGUUGGAGCACAUCUUGCCCAACCUGAAAGUUCCUCAGAGCUAUGAAGUUCGCUUGACGCCCAUCACCAGCUUUGGGGCUGGAGAUAUGGCUGCCCGCAUCAUCCGGUACAUGGAACCAAUCAACUAUCCCAACCCAACAGAUAACACCUGCCGCUUUGAGGAUGAGAAGAUCUGUGGCUUCACGCAAGACAAGAUGGACAACUUUGACUGGACCCGCCAGAACGCCCUGACUCAGAACCCCAAGCGCACUGUCAACACGGGCCCCCCCACAGACAUCAGCGGUACGCCAGAGGGUUAUUACAUGUUCAUUGAGGCAUCUCGGCCCCGGGUGACAGGAGACAAAGCCCGGCUGAUCAGCCCCCUCUACAACAUUACUGCCAAGUAUUAUUGUGUCUCCUUCUACUACCACAUGUAUGGGAAGCACAUUGGCUCCUUGAAUCUACUGGUUCGCGUGCGAAACAAGAGGGCCAUCGACACGCAGGUCUGGUCACUCAGUGGGAACCGGGGGAACAUGUGGCAACAAGCGCACGUUCCCAUCAACCCGCCAGGGCCUUUCCAGAUCAUCUUCGAAGGUGUCCGUGGCACAAGUUAUGAGGGGGACAUUGCCAUCGAUGACGUCACUCUGAAAAAGGGGGAUUGUCCAAGGAAGCCAGUUGGCCCAAAUAAGGGUGAGAGUGUACUUACCUCAGAGGAAAAAGAGUCAGUGUGAGUGCACAGAUGAAUGCACGUGCUAGGGAUGUUCAGCUGAUUUUGAACCACGUUCAUGAAUGGAUGGGACCCAGCAAGAUGGUCUGACUCUCUCUCAGUCAGCAGAGGGACUGCCAGGCCCUUGAACUUGGGCUUUAUAGUUGUGAUUCAGCAAGAGCUUAGAAGAACAACCAGAUCUUUUAGGGACUGUGCUGCCAGAUGCCAGCUUGCUGAACUGUGCCUUAGUAUCUUGGGGUUGGGGGUGUCAUCCCUGACAUACAUCACAGGUAGCUAAAGGCUUCUGCAGUAUCUUGUUUUGCAAAAACCCUAGACAUGAGAGCUUUGGAAAGAGAGAGAUCUUCAGGCCUUAAGGGCCGCUGCAGCGUUAAGUUAGUUCUUCUCCAGCAGCGAAAUGCUGCAUCUUGGGGCCUGGAGAUAGGGAGAGCUGAGCUUCUUCCCAUUUCCCUCCAAGCAGAGAGGUACAGCCAGGCAGAGUGUCACACAUGCUGGGAUCACACAGCAGGCUGCCUGAGCUGGCUAUCACCUCUUCACCUAAUCCUCAUAGUGGGUGCUUUGGCUAAGCUGUAGGCAUCCAUGAGACCAUGCUCCAUGUCUUCCCUGAGGAGAUAAUUCCCCUGCCUGAUUCAUCAGAGUCAGAUAGUUUGCUUAUGGUUCCUUCAGCUUCAUUUUCUCCCAUUCCCCUUAGCUGUCCGGUGGUCUUCAACACAGAAAGGGGAAACAAAACCUCAAAAUAGUCAGAACAGCCUAAAAUUUUUAAAAUCCUAGGUGGAGUUCAAGGUCUUCAAGGUCUGUUUUAAGCUAGAUUGGCCAAACUCUAACCGAAAUACCAACAGAUCAUUUUUUUGAUUCAAGGUCAGUCUUCUGGGGAAGAAGAGAGGGUUGAUUUGCAAAAGUAACUAAGAUUUAACAUUUUCUCCUGAGCUGGAAAUAAUAUAAUUUUGGGAAGCCUUGAAAAUCUCCAGGGAAGGGGGGAAAGAUAUUUCAUUAGAUCUGGAAUGUGCCUCAUGAUUUGGGGUGGGAGGAGAGGAUAUGGCACUAACGUCCAUUGACUUGUUUGAUACAUCUGGAUCUAUCCCAUCAGUAAUCUCCUCUCUUUCACUCUCUUUUUGGCUGGUAGCG